GCAUCUCCCGACAAGCCCCCAAGCCAUUGACUCCCUCCUCCCUUGAAAAAUUGGUAAGAUUUUGAUGAAAUUCCUUUCCUUUUCUUGUUAAAUAACAAGAUUUUUGAACCUAGGACUCUCUCUAAAGCCAAGAAAUUCCAGAUCUAUUGCUGUUCUUCUCCUCUGUCCGCUGUCAUUGUUGGUGGGUGUGAAAUUUCGGGUUUUUGGUUCCCGCGAGUCCCCUGCACUGCCACCGGCUCUUCCCCCAAACUGCAGUCUGGUUUUUGCUGGGAAAAUUCUGGUAUGUUGACAGCCCCUCCAAGCCCCGAAUUUGUCCAUUUAUUUGCUGCCUUGUGUGUCCGAAAAUCUGCUGGAAAUAGGGGAAGAAAUUAGCAGCCUUUAAACGUGUUUUUUUUAGGCUUAGUUCAUGUAGAAAUAAACCUGUUUUGGCUUGAAAUUUAGCUGCUAUUCUGCGUGAAAAUCCUGCUGUUUUGCCAAAUAUUUUACUGUUCACGCGUACCAGUUACUGUUCAUGUAGAAAAUUCUGCAAUUUGCUACUAUUUUCUGCUCCUUUUCAGUUCCUGAUUGUUUUGUCAGUUUAGCACUGAGAUCGAGUCUUCGGUUUUAUGUGAGUGAGGUAAGUAAAUUUAUGGUAAUGCCUGUACAGUUUUUAAAAGCAUGUUUUGACUUGUUUUUGAAGUGGUGGUGGGACUAAGCCCGUUUUAUGCAAAAGUAAGUAUGAUUGAUUUGAAGUGAAAUUUUUAUACUUUUCAUUAAAUUGAGCAUGCCUACUUGAAAUUUAAUUGAUUGUCCUGAUGAUUUGAAAGUGAUUGGUGAAUUAUGAUUUUUCUGUUAACUUCUGUAUGUUUUGUCUCCGAUGUGGUCAUGUUGUUAGUGACCUUGCUAGUGGGGGUUAAACGCUAGCACAUGUCGACAUGUUUACUGAUACGAUUGAGGAGACAUCCAUUUCAUUUUCGCACUGUAACCGUUUUCGUGAUUAUACUGAAAGCGAAAUUGAGGACAGCGAAAUUGAGGACGGGGAAAAACGAGAGGAGUGACGAGUUAGAAGGACCAUCUCACGAGUGCACGGCGUUUGUUACGCCUUGGAUUUGGGUUCUCGGACGUGACAAGUUGUGAAGUAAUAUUAAAUGAUUUUAAUGUUUAAUUUAAAAUUAUUAAUUUUUGUAAAUAUUGUCUAAGUUGUUAGUUACGUAGCUAUGUCAACUGAGGUUUAAUUGAUCAUAGGCGUGAAAGACAUCAAAAGAUAACAAAGAAAUAUGAUAUUUGGAGGUGCCUUAUGUAGUCAAAGUGUCAAUACCCCAAUGAUAGUGUCGACAUGUACUCUUAUGCUCAAUUAGCUUGUAAUUUCAACUUGCAACUUCAAAUAUCU